CUUUUGUCGACGAGCCCAGUGCCUCCGUCGCCGGCCAACCUCCCGUCGUCCUCAAUCGUCGGAAAACAAAUAAUUAGAUAUGGAUGAUGCGGGUGGGAGUGAGUUGUAUAGAUUCAAUGGUAGGGUUGUUGAUGCAUCAACACGAAGGAAGGUGCCUAAGAAGAAUAAGGAGAAGAAGCGCUCUCGAGAUAUUGGACAUCAGUCAGAGGCAAAUUUAGGGGAGGAUGGGUUAGAG